UGGGUGGCGCAUGAUUGACGCACACUUGAUGGUACCUAAUCAGUCAAUCAAACAGAGAACGAACAUUAUGACUCCAUGAGCUGUUUUUGCAAUUACUAAUCUAUGAUCUAUGAAGGUUGCAAUGCUAUACCCAUGGCCGGCUGGGGAAUUCUGGAAGUUGAAAUCCACGCAUCUUAAAGUUGCCAAGUUUGAAAAACACUGCUUCAAACCAAAUGCGGUACUAAUUGCUGAUCUUUAUUUGCCAUAAAAGUAGAUGCUUUUAUAGAUGCUACUUUUAUUGGUACAUUUUAUAGAAGUUAUUUUUACUGCAAAUUCGUAUCCCCCAAAUCGCACCUUCCCAGAACUGGAAAAGCACUGCCGUUAGUAAUGUUUAUGAACGUUUCGUCAAUCAUCUAAGAAGAUACGACUGUAGCAGCAAAAGAAAAAAAAAGCAUCUGAGAACUGUUUCCACCACAAGGCACUACAACUCCCGAGAGCCACUGCGAGGCCCGGGAGAACGUUAGCCCGGGAGGGUCGAGCGCGCGAGGUUCUGUUGCUGAAUUUCCGGAGCUGCGGCCGCCUUAGCUCGAUCAACAAAGCAAAGCAAGGCGCGGGAACGGAGAAACCGAGGGAUCGGAGGUCCCCGUUCUUAGUACGUCACACUUUUGAGCAUCAUGCACAGGAGACAUCUUCAGGACAUUCCAGAUUUGGGCAGUAACGUCACUGCAAGUGUUCCAUGGGGUUGGCGUCCCAGCAAGACUUCAGAACUGCUCUCGGGCAUGGAAGUGCCUGCUGUUAAGGAUAAACUGGGCAGCGAGAACACCCCCCAGGAUCUGUUGAUGUAUGUGGGUCCACCCACCAAACGGCAGAAAGUGAGGGAAAACACAUUUGUGAUUGUCCACCAGCCUAGACUGCUUCAAGAGACAGUAACAGGUUCUUGGGAUACCUUGCCCGAUGAGCUGCUGUUGGGAAUCUUUUCAUAUCUAACCUUGACUGAUUUGCGGAAAGUUUCCAGAGUUUGUCAGAGAUGGCGUCGCCUUUCGCUUGAUGAGUCGCUCUGGCAAACUCUUGAUCUUGCAGAUCAAAAUCUUCGGCCAGGAGCGAUUGGUCAAUUGCUGCCCUUGGGGGUGAUCGCCUUCCGCUGUCCAAGGUCCUGCAUUAAGACACCUUUGUUUGAAACAAGCAGAGCUCUUUGUGUGCAACAUCUGGAUUUAUCAAAUUCUACAAUAAAAGUUACAGAUCUCGAGAGUAUUCUUAGCAAAUGUCACAGCCUGCAGAAUCUCAGUUUGGAAGGUCUCGUACUUUCUGCUGAUAUAGUUAAAAGUAUAGCACAAAACUCCUGCUUGGUCCGGCUGAACUUAUCUGGAUGUUCUGGGUUCUCUGCAGAUACCUUGGAAGUGAUGUUGAAAAGCUGUCCAAGGUUAGAAGAAUUGAACUUGGGCUGGUGUGACUUCACAGCUGAGCAUUUGAAGAUCGUAGUCAGUCACAUUCCUCCCAAACUGUUGCAGCUAAACCUUAGUGGGUACAGAGAGAAUCUCCUGAUGUCAGAUGUUAAAACAUUACUAGAGAGAUGUUCUGGUCUAAUCCAUUUAGAUUUAAGUGACUCUGGUAUGUUGAAGCCCGAAUGCUUUGUGUACUUCCACCAGCUCACACACCUUGAACACUUAGGUCUUAGCCGAUGCUAUCAAAUACCUCCUGUUGCUUUACUUGAACUUGGUGAGAUAGCUACACUCAAAACGCUGCAGGUUUUUGGAAUAGUGACUCCCAGUUCCCUACAGCUCUUAAAAGUGACGCUUCCUCAUAUAAAGAUUAAUACCUCCUGUUUCACACCUAUUGCAAGACCCAGCAUUGGCUGCAAAAAGAAUGAAGAGAUUUGGGGAAUCCAGUGCAGACUGAACUUGAGAAAUCCAGCUGGUGUUUAAUACAUCCCAAAUGACACUUUCAGACUUCUAGCAACAGCAAUAUUAGCUCCUCAAGCCUUAACCGUGUGGUUCUCUCAUUCCAUUCUAACUUGACAAUUUGCAGUUACGGACCUGGUUUCAUCAGUUUAUGACCAAAUGCUAUCAAGUGUUUUACCAGUUGUAUUUUUUCUGUUUUAUUUUCCACUACUUUUACUGAGGCCUAUCCAAGAAAUGCUAAUCAUGCACAAAUAGCUGGCAUGCAAUAAAUAUGCACUCCCUCCUUGUGGAUAUAUAUAUUUUUUAAAAAGUAGCUCGUGUUAAUAAAACUUGUUCAAGUUUUCAUAUUCUGUGUUUUAUCCAUGCCAGUUGUUGUUGCAGGGUGCAGGAUGUAUUUGUGCUGAUGUACUUAAGAUAAAGAUUCUGGUCUUUAUCUCACAAUCUAAUUCUGGUUUUUAUCUCCUGGAAACAACAUGGACAUAUUUUUUGCUUUCUCUGUUUAGUUUACAGCCCUGGGAUUUCCUGUUGUCUUCUAUCUCAAUACUAAUUGGGUACAACCAACACCAGCUAGAUGCUGCCAAUUGUUAUACGGGUACAACUGCAAUUGAGAAUUUCCAUCGCUAAGUGAUACAUUCGUAAACUGUGACGUCCCAAGACCACAUCACUUAGUGACAGCAAUCCCUGUAGUUCCCAUUGCUGUGAUUAAGUGACGAUUGCGGAUCAUUAAGCGAGCACCUUUUGCAACUUCCUGCCGGCUUCCCCAUUGACUGCUUGUGGGAAGCUGGCAGGGAAGCUGCAAAUUGCAAUCACAUGACUGUGGAACACUGCAACCGUGGAGGUGGUUGUCAAGUGCCUAGAUUGUGAUCACAUGACCGCAGGGGUGCUGGGACAGCCAGAAAUUCGAGGAACGGUCAUAACCGCCACUCAUUCAGUGCCAUCGUAACUUCAAAAGGUCACUGAACAAGUGGUUGUUAACCAAGGACCUGUACUACAUAUAGGAAUGUAAAUGUAAGAGCUUAACACAAAUAGGAUCAGAGCUUUCCCUUUUUUCUGGUUGCACUGCAAUAUUCAUAUAAUCUGGAGAACUAUUUUUUAAAUAUAAUUUGAACUUCUGCUAUUAUUAUUGCCCAUCCUGUCACAACAGCAAAAAAUAACUAUUAUAAACCAAAAUUGUAAGGAGAAAAAAGUCCUUUUCAGAGUCUCCAUAUUUCCUUGCAUACCUGAAAGAUUUCUUCUGCGGACAAAGCAGUAGCAAGAUAAAGGCAUCUAGUUAAUAUACAACUAAAUUGCCCUUAAGAAGGCAAAUCAAUAAGGGAAAUCCAAGUAGCAAAAAAAUAGCAACCUAACAUUCUAAAAUGUAUUUUCUGUUUCUCUACAUGUCAGUGGCAUACAAAGUAGUUAAAAAAGCAAGAAAAUACUCACUCACAUUUAUUAGAUUUAAUUUGCUAACCACAGCAUACAUUAUUUUAAAUAAAACAAUUUUGGGAAAAGAGGGCAUAGUUAUAUUAUGUUGACUUUGAUUUGUGCACAUUCAACUAUUUUUGUCAUACCAACAUUAUUUGUUUUAGUAAUUUUGGCACAAAGGCAUUUUCUUAAAAUAGAAUAAUCUUUUUAAAGAUUGUCUUGUUUUCACCUUAUUGUCAUUACUGUUAAUUAUCAUGGCCGGAAAAUCUAUAGUUGGUCGCUCAACUGUUUCUUUGAUACUCAUUAAAAAAAAAAAAAAUUAAUGGCAUUUGGCAACACGUUUAACUACAUCAUUAGGAAAGUUUAUUCAACAAAUCCAGAAACUCAGCCAGUUGAGGGUUAGCAGAGGGCUUUUUCUAGCCCCAAAGCACCUUUCCCUGGUGAGGCCAUACUGUGCAAACAGAAACCCAUUCAUUUUUGGGCUACUGCAAGUCACUUCUAGUCUUCCCAAAAAUUUGACCCAAAACAAAGAUGACUCUUUCAAAAUGUACUACAGUAAAUAUAGUCUAAAUGCUGAUUGUCUACAGCCCACAAGCCAUUCCCACUGCUGCCUGCCUGACCAGUAGGGAAUGGGAGACAGAUAAAGCUUUGCCAACACCCUUGUACAGACACUGAUGUGAUAUCAGGCAGGCUUGGAAUUUAGUGUGGAUUUUGUAUUCCCCAAAAUGUCAGCUCUUGACGCAGUUGGCAUGGUUAUGUACUGCCAAAUUAGCAGCAAGGAGCUAUGACUGGGCUACUACAGCUGUCUGGGUUAAGCAUGUUGUGCAAACACACCCACUAAAAAAAAGGGGGGGGGAACGUAAUUUGAUGAAAGAGUUAACCCUUCCUCUCCUGUACUGUAAUCCCCACAAGCCCCUAUUUGCUUGGCACAUAAACAACCUAUGGGGAAAACAGGGAGAAGGAAAAGUAGACUAAGCUUGGAAUAGGUUUAACCCUUUUAUAACUUUUCCCAAUCAAAGUAGCCAAUAUCCUUUUCCCCCCUUCCCUCCAAGUUGCUUUCUGCUUUAAAAUUAGGGAAUUAUUGCUGUCCCAAAUUAACAUUUAGUUUGGAGUACUGACGUCUUACAACUCCCCCCUCCAAAAUAGAAUAGCCAGAGCAGGGAUGGGCAGGUGCAUCUGAAAGGAGGCUUUGGAGUGAGAUGUAUCUCGUUUGGAGCAGCGCUCAACAUAUGUCUCUCUCUCCUUCCUUUACCCCUUUGAAAGCAAAAAAAUGUGAUUUAGCAUGUUUGGGAGCAGGGUUUGAGUUCAGAAAACGCUUUUCCUGUAAGACAUGGCUCUCUGAUAGCGUACACCAAAAAGGAGUAGUCGGUGCUCCCAAAGGCUGAUGGGAGGCUUACUAGGAGCAUCUUGUGGUCAAAGAUGCUCCUAGUAAGGCUUUUGAAGAGGGAGCUGGUGAGCCAGAUGAUAAAGGAGGAUGGCUGCUUAUUCACAAAGAACGCUAAAGUUUUUAAAUCUUUGGCAGGACUCAAAAAGCCCACUAUGAUAUCUCUCUCUGCUAUUUUUUUCUUUUAAAAGGCAUCCAAGAACACUGCAUAUACAAAAUAGCAAGUACAAUCCAAAUUUUAGAUCACAUCAUUUCAAAGGAUAGCUUCUCCUUCCAUCUUUUUAUCUAAUGGACAAUGGUACUCUUCUUAACCCUUCAUCACUGGCGUAAUUUAAGAAAAUGGGACAGCAAUUUUCAAUGUGAUGAUCCAUUUGCAGUGAGAACACUACCAUUCAGAUUUUUAGUAGGCCCUAUCAACAGUUUGCCAUAGGCAUCUCCCUUAGCACCUCCCUCCUCAAAGCUCCCAGCUCCAGCUGACUUUAAAUUUUUAAUGUAUCUUUUUAAUGAGAGAGAGAACAAAAAGAAGUUGCAAAUCAAAGAGUCAAUUUCUAACAUCAUCUUUACAUACAAAAAAUGCCUCUUAGCUGCACAUAGGCACAUAAACAAUCUGGAAAGUGUGCAACUGGAGCCAAGUGUUUUGUUGAAAACAUCUGCACACCUACCUAAGAAAGCAACUUCACCAAUUUGCCUUCUUGUACAUGGCUGACUAUGGCCAUCACGGCAGACAUGUUGAGAACAGUCACCAUCCAAGGCAGAUAUUGGCAUGGUCUCAAAAUUCCAAAUGCCUCCACUGAUCUAGAAAGGUUGGGAAACCUACCACAGAGAGCCCAA